UUGAACGAGGGAGGGGCCGCGAAGAGGAGGAAGAGGCCAGGGCGGCGGCGGCGGCGGCGGCGGUUCUCCCCGGGUGGACGAUGGACAGCCAGGGCAGGAAGGUGGUGGUGUGCGACAACGGCACCGGGUUUGUGAAGUGUGGAUAUGCUGGCUCUAAUUUUCCAGAACACAUCUUCCCAGCUUUGGUUGGAAGACCUAUUAUCAGAUCAACCACCAAAGUGGGAAACAUUGAAAUCAAGGAUCUUAUGGUUGGUGAUGAGGCAAGUGAGCUGCGCUCAAUGUUAGAAGUUAAUUACCCAAUGGAGAAUGGCAUUGUCCGGAACUGGGAUGACAUGAAACAUCUGUGGGACUAUACAUUUGGACCAGAGAAACUUAACAUAGAUACCAGAAACUGCAAAAUUUUACUCACAGAACCGCCAAUGAACCCAACCAAAAACAGAGAGAAGAUUGUAGAGGUAAUGUUUGAAACGUACCAGUUUUCUGGCGUGUAUGUAGCCAUCCAGGCAGUUCUGACUUUGUAUGCUCAAGGUUUACUGACUGGUGUGGUGGUAGACUCUGGAGAUGGUGUGACUCACAUCUGCCCAGUAUAUGAAGGUUUUUCUCUCCCUCAUCUUACCAGGAGACUGGAUAUUGCUGGGAGAGAUAUUACCAGGUAUCUGAUCAAGCUGCUCCUGUUACGAGGAUAUGCCUUCAACCAUUCUGCUGAUUUUGAAACGGUUCGCAUGAUUAAAGAAAAACUGUGUUAUGUGGGAUACAAUAUUGAGCAAGAGCAGAAACUGGCCUUAGAAACCACAGUAUUAGUUGAAUCUUACACACUCCCAGAUGGACGCAUUAUUAAAGUCGGUGGGGAGAGAUUUGAAGCACCAGAAGCUUUGUUUCAGCCUCACCUGAUCAAUGUUGAAGGAGUUGGUGUUGCAGAAUUACUUUUUAACACAAUCCAGGCAGCUGACAUCGAUACCAGAUCUGAAUUCUACAAGCACAUCGUGCUUUCUGGGGGCUCUACGAUGUACCCCGGCCUGCCGUCGCGCCUGGAGCGAGAACUGAAGCAGCUUUACUUGGAGCGGGUUCUGAAAGGAGACGUGGAAAAACUUUCUAAAUUUAAGAUUCGGAUCGAGGACCCGCCGCGCCGAAAGCACAUGGUGUUCCUGGGGGGCGCGGUGCUGGCGGACAUCAUGAAAGACAAGGACAACUUCUGGAUGACCCGGCAGGAGUACCAGGAGAAGGGGGUCCGAGUGCUUGAGAAGCUGGGGGUGACCGUCCGAUAAGCCCCACGCCCCUCCCCUUCAUUCCCCAAGCCCUCCUCUCCCCUUCAUUGCCAAUCUCUGAACUCCUUUCAACUCCACGACUGGAAGAGACCUCCCUGUAGCCUUUGACUCCAAAGGUCAAGUUUUAUUCUUGUGUCUUGGGGAAGCUUUGUUGAAUUUUUGUCCUUGUGGGUAAAUCUGGCUGUUGAACACAAUCGCUCCCUGCGAGCAGCCGAGGCGAUGGCUGUGGCCUUGUUGCUCUGUGGGCUUCCUCGUCUCUUCACUCUAAGUCAGCACCAUGCGGGGUCGGCCUGAUUAGCAUAAGAAAACCCUUUCCCUGGCCUUUUACUUCUUCCUGGGGGUGUGGGGGGGGGGAGCAAGGGACUGGCGGCAGCCCUGAACCCUAAGGGCGCCCUCUUUGUUGUGUUUGCUUUCUACAUUUCCAGCUGCUGCUUCAAGUACAUUAAAACCUCCCAGAUCACUGUCUUACAGGACUAAGCGCAGAACUGAAGUGUUUGGGGUGCGCUGUGUGUGGUGCAGGGAACGGGUGGCCUUUGGUUGUGAUUUUUGAGGUUUUCUGCUUCUGGGCACAUAGAUGACCCUUAUUUGCAGUCCUUUGACGUGGGGGGUUUCUUCUUCCGUCUUCCUAAAACGUUCCAUAUGAUAGAGAAGCAGUGGUAUUCCAUUACCAUGUGGCCUACGGAUUUAUUAUGAACCCAUCAGCUGGGACUAGACUUUGUAGACUGUCAUAGAGAAGGCAACAUGUAAAAAUGCCUUUGUUUCAUCACAGGUAGAAAAGCGCUUCAGAGCUGGUGUUUCCUAAUCCUUUUGUCUAUUCCAUGGUAACCCGGUGCCCAGUACCAGUCAUACAGUUGUUCUCUUCGGUAACUGGCCAGUGCUUUCAAACAUGCAGGUUCAUGUAAAUAAUUACUGGCAGUAGGUUGUAAUUGUUGGGUUAAAAAUAACAUUGGAAUGUGGGACUUUUACCAGUAAUUUUUUGUUUUAAGAUUGGAAGUGGAGUAAAAUUUAAAAUUUGGGCAAGAAAAAAAAUCAUGUUUUCAGUAUAUAUUGUGCUGAAACAUCAUAACUGCUUACUUCUCAGCCAUCUUUUGUGCUCAAAGGAAAAGUGAUUAGAAUUUUGGACAUGUCAGCAUAUAACAGGAAACCCUAUUUGUGAGUCCUGUUAGCAUGUUAUAUCAGAAAUAUUAAAUAGCAUCCAGAUGUGAGUUCUUUCUAAAUUUGAAAAAGAAAAAAAUGAAAAAUAUAUCACACCAAAUACAAAAAAGGAUUCUGGGGAAAAAAUGUUUCUUUUAUUCCAAAGCAUUCUUCAUGGGGUUGGGAUGUGCAAGGCCGUGGGUUUGGUCUUCAGCACUGGGGAAAAAAAUCACAACAUUGUUUGCUUAUGAUGGAUUUGAAGAAAAUGGCUUGAAAUCAGAGAAUGUUGUGUCUUUUUGGAGAUGAAGAUUAGUUUAUGUUUAAAAAAAAAGAGCAGCAAAAGGAAGUCAGUUCUAAUUAUGCACUGCCUAUUAGUAUUAAGGUUUUCUUUGUCUGCUUCACUCAACUUGAACAAAUCAGAGUCCGUGUGCAUGCUGGACUCACCUCGUUACACGUGAGUAGCCCACCAGGAGUGUGCACUGGAGUCUGGGCGUGUCGCUUUGGCAUUCUGAAGUGUUCUAGAUCAUGUUCUUAUAGAUUCUCGCCUCCUGCGUCCCAGGCUCUUGGCAGGACGUGCGCUGUAUGUAAGGCCAGCACACUGAACUGCACUUCAGGUAAAUGGAUUGACUUGUGUGGCAACUGUGAUUUGGCAACAUGGGGUAAGAAACAAGGAAUGACAUGGACCCUUGAGACAGUGAGAGAGCAUUUGUCAUUUGUACCCUGAAUGUAGAAUUUGUUUUAUUGCAUAACUCUGUUAGCAAACAUGAUUGUGAAAAGGAUAUUUUAUGUAUGUAAUAACUUAGAAGCUCCAUUUGUACAGCUUUCCUACUCCAAGGUGAAAUGAUGUAUUUAAUAAUUUGGAUAUAAUGUGCUCUGUUGGAAUUGUUGGGUAUGAGUCUGUUGAAGCUAAAAUGAACCUAAAAACACUUUUUUUUUUAAAAGAAAUCUGAUUUUUAACUCCUGAAGCCUAUUGUACUUAGAUUUCCAAUGCUGGUUCAAAUUCUGUUCUUUUUAAAUUAAAAGCAUGGAUGCCUUGGGGAUGUUCUUAGAAGAUGUGGUUUGGGGUUUUGUUAACUUUACAGUUCUAGCGCUGUUUGUCUCUGGCAAGUAUUUUGAAAGAUCAGUGGAAAGCUAAACAUUCUUAAUUUAACGUAAAUAUACUUCUUUUUGGUUAAGAAAAAAUAAAAUCAGACUUUUCAAAGAAAA